AUGGUGCGGUGGCACGUGCCGGGUCUGUCGACCAGCAGCGGCUCGAGCAUAGAUGGCGUCGCGGUGAAAGGCGACACGGCAAAGCUGCAAAAGCUUCUCAGAAAGGGCGCGGACGUGAAUGCACGUGCGCGUGAGCCGGUGCUGGUGGGACGUCGCCCACUGCAUGCUGCCGCGGCCGCAGGAAACGAGGCCAUGGUCGAGGCGCUCCUUGCUGCGGGUGCUGACGUGGACGGAAAAGACGAUGUGAGUAAUACCCUCUCUUGCAACGCCAUGCAACUGCAUUCUCACCCUCCCUGCCUUCCUAUCCCGUUCCGUCUGGUCGGGCACUUCCUUCCCCCGACUAAUGCGCAUCCCUCGGUCUCAACGUGCGUGAUUUCACUGCAGUUCGGCCGCACGCCCCUUCACUAUCUGGCGGCCAGUCCCUCCCCCCGUCUGGGCAUCCUUUCGCAUCUGCUCAAUGCCGGCACUGACUACGCCAUCAGAGACAGGGUGAGUCUCCUUCCACUUCGUUUCUCCACGUGCUUCCUCGUUCCUCCACCUUCAUCCACAGUCGUCCAUGCAUCGCAUCCGAAUCCUCGCGCUCAACCCUUCCUCUUUGCCAUCUCUUCCUGCCAGGGUGGCAGCAUGCCCAUCCACGUGGCGAUGGCAGGAGGUCUCGUGGCAGUGCAGGAGGCAUUGACAGCGUUCGCGUUGGAGCACAGUGCGGAGUUUGCCUUCUACGAGUCGGGGCAGUGGCGCCCCUUCGACGCCGACGCAUCGCGCCUGCUGGGCUUUGAACUCGCCGAGGGCGUCGGCUUCGCUGCCCUCGCCACUGCCACCGGCGCGCACUACAUCGUUGACUUCCAGCAGCAGCUGCAGUUCAACGUGUCGUCCUUCUUCUGCAAGUCAAUUAGCUGGCGAGUGCUGCCCAGCGGCCGCUGGAACCGCCCUUCCAGCCCGCACCAGGGGCUGCACCCGGGCAGCCAGGACCCGCGCCUCAUGUACCGCUACGACCAACAGCUGCGCUCUCUCGCCCAAUCGGGCGUCGACAUCUGCCCCGUCUACUUCUCCCUCACUGGCCUUCCCCCGCACCCCCUGCUCUCGCAACCGGCGCCCAGCGCUCAGUUUGUCUCGCGCCUCUCGUCGUCACCGCGCCAUGAUGGAGAGCAUGGUGAUGGUGGUGAUGGUGAUGAGGAUGAUGGUGGUGAUGGUGAUGCGCAACGGCCGGCUUCUUCCUCUGCUGGAGUGGCCGCGGCUGCUGCUGCCCUCCCUGCUGCUCUACACAUGUCUGAUGACCUCUCCAGUGAUGUCCCCGACUCCGAACCAAACACCCCUUUGGCUCGGCGUCAACCAGGGCAACGUGCAGCUGAUUCAGAUGACGACGAGCUGCCGAGGCUGCAGGUUCUGAGGUCCGGCACAGAUGAGUACGACGAAAUCGUGGCUCGGUUUGUGGCUGGAAUGCUACGGGAUAGAAAUGACCGCCCCAACAGCAGCUUCCGGCAGAACAGUGUGAGUGGAGGGGUGGUGGAGCAGGAGGAUGGCAUGAGGCCCGUGACAGUGUCAUCAGUGCAGCAGGUGCUUCUGCCUGCUUCCCGCACUCAAGCCUUUGAAGAAGCUGUGAGAGAGCUGAAGGGAGCAAGGGGGGGCGAUGGCAAUGUGCGGCUGGCAUGGCACGGGGCCCCUCGUAUGGCAGUGGAUCGCAUAGUGUCGAGCGGUUUCUCCCUCUCCUCUUCCGCUGCUGCCCGCAAUGGCAGGCUCUAUGGGGAUGGAGUGUACCUGGCACCGGAGCAGAGGGCCUACACGAGUGCAGAGUUUGCGGUAGCGGAUAGCGAGGGCCGCAAGCACAUGCUGCUUUGCCGUGUGGCGCUUGGAUCGAUGGAGGCGAUUCCGUUUGGGUCGUCCCAGCAGCGGCCUAGCAGUCUUCGCGCCCGGUCCGCCACCGCGGAGGUCACGAGCUCGUUAGUGACGCCGUCCGCAUCCGCGCAUGGCGGAACCUGCGCGCAGCCGGCGGAAGACCUGCGGAGCGGGAAGAGAAUGCGGACGGAAACCGGCGCAGUUGACGCGGCGUGGUGGGGAGGCGCGGUAGGGCCGGCGACGCCGGAGCACGCGGGGUCGGACUCGUCCGCGGCGGGCGGCGCGUGGGACGUGAGCAACGUGCAGAUAUCGCAGCUGCUGCAGGAGAUGGACAUGUUCUUUCCGCCCGACGACGACGAUCUCAGCGCCUUCGCGCUCGCCUUCGACGACGACCCGCUCGACGCCAGCGCCGCCGCCAACGCCAUCGCCGCCGCGAAUGGCGCUGCGCCUGCGUUUCCCGCGCAGGACUCCAUAGGGGAGAUUCUGAACGGUCUCUCGUCUGCCGGCCCACCGUGUGCCGAUUUGCCGGCGGCUGUUCCUGCCGUGCCGGCCGUUGGUGUUGUUCCGGCCGUUAGCUUGCCGGGCGGCCCGGUGCCCGACGUGCAUGCCAUGCGCCGCGCGGACUCCGCGGACAGCGCGGGGAUCACUCCGCAGAGCCUGUCAGGGCUGGAUAGUCCGCAUUGCAGCUUAACCGCGGGGGGAGCGGGCGGAAGCACUGGAGGCAUGCAGACGCUGACGUCAUUUGAGAGCGCGGAGCUGCGGGGGGACUUUUCGCGCGUUUGCUGGGUUGGGGAAGCAGAGAGGCCCGCGGAGGGGGAGGCGGCUGUGCAAGAAAUGGGAGCGGGACAAAUAGGGGAAACUGCUGUUGCGGGGAGCGCGGGAAACGGGGAAAGUAUGGGCGGAUGGCGCGAGCAAGUACCUGCCACGUCAGCGUUGUCAGGGGGAAACGGUGGCGGGGGGGAUAAUGGCGCAAGCGGAAACGGCAGCAAGGGGGGCGCGAUUCCCGGCGCGCGGUCGCUGAGUCUGGGGAGCCAGUUCCGCCAAAAGCAGAUCCUGCAGACGCUCUCCUCUCCGCCCGCCGCCCCACAGGCGAUGCAGUCGCAGGUGCAGCAGCAGCCUCAGCCGCAGCAGCCGCCGCAGCAGGCGGUGGUGCGUCCCGCAGGCGCAAUGCGUUCCCCCAUGCUGCCACCUCGGUAUUCCCAACAGCUGGCGCAACCGCCCAUGGCGCAGCAGGGGCAACCCCCCAUGGCACAGCAGGGGCAGCAGCAGGGCGCGCAGUCGUGGCAGGGCGGAGAGCGGCAGGGGGGAGGUGCGGGGGGAAGGGGAGGGGGAAGAGGGGGAGGGCUGCUGAGGGUGCCGUCGGACUAUCUGAGGCUGCUGGCGGAGAUGACGUCCCCCAUGGAGGUGGCGCUGAUGGAGUGUGCAGCGGCAGUUGACAGGCGCGACCUGGGGCAGGCGCACUCCCGCAUGUCCGCCCUCGCGCACCUCGUGUCACCGCACGGCACCGCACAGCAGCGCCUGGGGUACUACUUUCUGGAGGCUCUGGCUGCCAGGAUUGCGGGCACUGGGUCGGCUAUCUAUAAGGCGCUGCAAUCCCGCCAGGGCAGCCAGCCCGGUCCAUCCAGCAAGGCCAUGCUGUCUGCAGUAUUGGUGUUCUGUGAGGCCUGCCCGUGGAUCAACUUCGGCCACCUGGUGGCCAACGGCAGCAUACUGGAGGCGGUGGAGGGGGCGAGGAGGGUGCAUGUGAUCGACCUGGGCAUCACGCACGGCACGCAGUGGCCCACGCUGCUCGAGAGCCUUGCCACGCGCCCUGGCGGGCCCCCGCACCUGAGGAUCACGGGGGUGGAUGCGCCUCUCACCGGGCUCAAGCCUUCCUCGCUGGAGGAGACGGGGCGGCGGCUGUCAGCGUUUGCGAGGGUGAUAGGAGUGCCGUUUGAGUUCACGCCCAUCACAGAGCAGCUCGACGACCUCAAGCCAGAGCAGAUUACAGGGCGCGGCGAUGGGGUGUUGGUGGUGAACUGCCUGCCUGCUGCGGCUGCACCAGAUGCUACUCUCCCCUCAUCUCUCUCCAUAUCCCCUUGUCUCUCCCCUUCCCCCUCCCCUCAUCUCUCGCUUCGCCCCCACUUUUCCAACCCAACUCCUCUGAGCACUUCGCAGAGCGACGAGGUGCUGGUGGUGAACUGCCUGCUGCGGUUGCACCAGAUGCGCGACGAGAGCAGCGCACCGCACGUGCCCAGCCAGCGCAACUGCACGCUCCAGAUGAUCCGCUCCCUCAACCCCGCCAUCGUCACUCUCAUUGAACAGCACGCGGAUCACAACAUACCCUCCUUCCUAUCGCGCUUCCGAGAGGCAUUGCACUACUUCAGCGCUCUCUACGAGUCGCUGGACGCCAGCCUGCCAUGGAACAGCACGGAGAGAGCGCUGGUGGAGGAGAGGAUAUUCGGGCGCAAGCUCGUCAACAUCAUCGCCUGUGAGGGGCGCGAGCGCGUGGAGCGGCAUGAGAGCCACGCCCGCUGGCAUGAGCGCAUGCAGCGCUGCGGGUUCGUGCCACGCGCUGUCAGCGCUGACGUGGAGGAGAACGCGCAUGUGAGUGCUGACGUGUACUGUUGA